AUGCUGUGGAAGGCGGUCCUGCCCGUGGCAUUCAUUGUGCUGGGGAUUCGUGUUUUCAGCCUCAGGUUUAUAGAGUUCGACAAGAAUGAUAAUCACUUUGUUGUUUCUGUGGAGCACGUCGUGUUCCACUUCAAUGAAAACCAGGAUGAUGAUUUUGCCUACAAGUUCCUGAGAGUCCGGAGAAGCCUUCGUGAGAAAUUUUCACUGAAAUAUUUGGUAGACCUGGAGAUGGGCCGUACGCUUUGUGGAAAAUAUGAUGAAGACAUUGACAACUGUCCAUUGCAGGAAGGUCUAGGAGAGAAAAAGGUACGCUGCACUUAUAUUGUGGAAACUCAAGUAUGGGUUACUAAGUUCACUGUCCUGAACAGCACCUGUGAGCAGACUUAA